AUGGGCGGAGCCGCUGCAUUUUCUCUUAUUGAUGAAUCGAUUUCGGAUCAUGAUUUUGCUAGUAGAUGCUUUUUUGUAUUCUCUACACUUACUACUAUAGGUUAUGGCGACGUUAGCCCAGGGAACACGUUGAGUAAAAUCUUUUGUAUGUUCUACGUAAGUGUUGGAAUUCCACUGUUACUGUUGGCACUCACACAUAUUGGCCAACUAUUUGCUGAAUUCCACUGGACACUUACGCUGAGUGUAUUCAACUUAAAAGUCGAUCCAGAAUCACGACGUAAAGUUCCUGUACCGAUUAUUACUGUGUUCCUACUUCUUCAUGCCCUCGUUGGUGGUUUUCUCUUCUGUUACUGGAUUGAUGAACUGCCAUUCCUAACAUCAGUAUACUUCAGCUUUGUUUCGAUUACAACAAUUGGCUUCGGUGACGUCAUUGUGAAACCGAAAAGCGAUAUCGACACGGUGGUAUUGAUAGCGUAUCUCGCCUUUGGUAUUAUUAUAAUGUCAAUGUUUGUGAAUUCAUUGGUACAUCAUGCAGAAUGGGUGCACUAUCUGGGCAGGAAGAAAGUGGCUCUCCGUAAAAAGAGUAUAUGGUUUGGAGCGGAUUCUUUGACUGUACAACAACUCGUACAACUGGUUGCGAAGAAUCUCAAUGUCUCACCAAAACAUCUUCGAAGAACACUCCGCGAUCUGGAUCACAUCAUCAAUCUGGCCCUUCAAGAUGAUUUACGAAAACGUAGUAAGAUCAUCUGUAAGCGAAGCAGUAUUGGUAGAGCAUUUCAGCAGGAAGACUUUAGGAUGAUUCGAUCUCAACGAGAGAUGAAAAUGAGAAAAACUCUCGACGAGGGCUUCUCCAAGCAACGGUUUCUACCUCCAAACCUUAUCGGUAAAAUGCUUUAUCUGCUGGAGAAUGUUAGAGAUCACAGAAGAAGAGGUCUCGACAGUUAG